GGGGUAGGGGGUACACACUCUAAAGAGGUAGCUGUUCUUCCUCUUUUAUUCUCUCUCUCAUUUUUGGGUAAGGUUUCUCUUUAACUCCUCUUCCAUUUUUCUCUCUUUUCCCUGAUCUGAAACUUGUAAAGUCCAAAUCUUGGAGAGUUUUUUUGUGCUAAUUUUGGGGAAUUUGUUUUUCAGUGGAGAUUUUCUUUGUUGGAUUUGAUUGCUUCUUUAUUGGUAUUAUUUUGUUGUUGAUUUGUAGAUUGGAAUGAUUUCAAUCUUUUAGAGGUUGAACAGUAAGUGAGAAAAGUGUAUAGCUUUGGUGAUUGAGAAGGGGCUAUUGUUGCAAAAAAAGAUCCUUAUAGUGUUGUUUGAUGAUGAUAAUGAUGGUGAAAAUGAGCACUAUGGCUCUUUUGACCAGAGAAAAAGAGUUCAGAUAAAGAAAGAGAUGUCCCCCCUUCCUGUCAAAUCCUGCUUGUAAUUGUCAAUGAAAGAUAAAGAGAGAAGACAAAAGAGUGCAAAGACUGUUCUUUUCCUUUUCUCUUUUUUCAUCCACACGCUUCAUGUUUGCCCUCUAAAUGCUGCUGCUUUGAACCAGACCCCUUAGAAAUUGUUAGUUUUUUUAGGGUUAGCAAAAAUGCCUAUGUAUCAGCCAUCUAGAGGGAGGGGUGAGGAGUAUGAUGUUGGGGGAGGUGGGCAGGUUUUGGAUCUGGAAACUGCUGUUAAAGAUGGGAUUUUGGGUGGUGGAGGUGGGGUUGUAGUAGUUCAUAGUGGUGCAAUAGAAAAGAAAUUGAGUCUCAAGAAAAUGAUUGAGGAGCUUGAUUCAAUUGAAGUUCCUUCAGUUUUCAUUUGUCCAAUUUCAUUGGAGCCCAUGCAAGAUCCAGUUACUCUUUGCACAGGACAAACAUAUGAGAGGUCUAAUAUUCUCAAAUGGUUCUCUUUGGGGCAUUUUACUUGUCCCACCACAAUGCAAGAGUUGUGGGAUGAUUCAAUCACUCCUAACAAUACUCUUCACCAGCUGAUUUACAGUUGGUUUUCUCAGAAGUAUUUGGCUAUGAAAAAGAGGUCAGAGGAUGUGCAAGGAAGGGUUUUGGAGAUUUUAGAGACAUUGAAAAAGGUUAAGGGUGAGGCUAGAGUUUCAGCUUUGAAAGAGCUAAGACAAGUUGUCACUGCCCAUGAUUCAGCCAAGAAAACAGUGGCUGAAAACAGUGGUGUUAGUUUGAUUACUUCACUGUUAGGUCCUUUCACUAAACAUGUUGUGGCUUCUGAGGCAAUUGGGAUUUUGGUACACUUGGAUCUGAACUCAGAUGGGAAGGCUAAUUUGAUGCAACCCAAUAAGAUUUCCCUUAUGGUGGAUACCUUGAAUGAGGGAUCCAUUGAUACCAAGAUAAAUUGCACGAAAUUGCUUGAAAUGUUGAUGGAGGGGAAGGAUUCAGAGUGGGAAGUUCUAUCAAGCUUGAGUCUUUUGGUAGGAUUACUGAGACUAAUAAAAGAUAAGAGACACCCAAAUGGGGUUUUGUCUGGUCUGAGAUUGCUCAAGCUGAUUUCAUCACACGAAUCGCUUAGGAAUUCGAUUGUUGGUAUUGGGGCAAUCCCUCAAUUGGUGGAAGUAUUGCCCAACUUGAAUGCUGAAUGUUUAGAAUUAGCCUUGGUUAUCCUUGAAGCUUUGUCUACCCUACCAGAGGGUGCAUUGGCGUUGAUGGAUUGUCGUAGCACCAUUCCGAAUGUGGUCAAAUUGCUCAUGAAGGUAUCAGAAAGCUGUACCCAAUUUGCAUUAUCGAUUCUAGGGGCAGUCUGCAAGCUCGCCCCGGAAAAAUGUGCAUCUGUGGCUGUUGAGGCAGGUCUAGCAGCCAAGUUGUUGCUUGUUAUUCAAAGUGGAUGCAAUCCGGUGUUGAAGCAACGGUCUGCUGAGCUCUUGAAACUAUGCAGUCUAAAUUACUCAGAGACCAUGUUCAUUUCCAAGUGUAGGCUUACAAAAACAAUGCAAUGAGGGUAACAUGGUGUUGGUCAUACGCGUCAACUGAUUUCGUUCUCUACCCCCGUAAGGGCAAGGUGCUCAACAGCUCGCGGAAUCUGCAUAAUUGGGCAAGGAGGUACCUACUACUUGUACAUAUUAAAGAGCUUUAGCUCUCAUGAAAAAGGCUUCAUAAUGUGCAUUAUAGACAAAAUGCUUAUAUCAGACUAUGGUUCGGUGCCUUUCAAUUGAUCUUUCCGCUGAGGUUUUCCAAUAACGUAUGGCACACAAUUGAUUCUUCAAAUCUUUGUAGUCAGUUAGACUGCUGAUUUGAUUGCCUUGUUGCUACAAUAGAAUGCUAUAUAUCCUAUUUGCUAUGUAAAAUGGUGGGGGGUGGAAAAUGGGGAAGAAUUGUCCGGCAAAGCUAGCGUUUGAAAUUGUAAUUGUACACAUUUCUUGUGGGAUUUUCCGAGUUGAUCCCAAUUCCCAAAUUUCCCCAAUUAUUUUUAGGAAGUCCUUAAAUGACUUUCACUUCUUUGCUCAAGUCAAUCGGAACGUUUCACUCGGGAGUUCUUUUUUUCUUAUUGUGGAGAUCUUCAUUUGUAAAAAAGCAACAUUUCCAAUAUGAAAUCAGCAUUCACAAUAGAUUCAAUUUUUCCUUCUCAA